AUGCCUUCGUUCGUAAUGGAAGAGGCGCACCUAGUACCGCCUCACACGGUCACAUUCUACCAUUACAAGCAGGUCUGGUACCGUGGCGCGUUGAGAUCCAUGCUUAGGGAGAAGUAUGGGAAUGAAAGAAAGGCCUACUAUGACACCUACCAACCAGCACAGGCACCAACAGACUCGAGGAUCCUUGCCUGUCAAAAAAAUAGCAUGGCGCUCCUUCGCAAGGACGAAAGAAGAAUGAUGUGCCAAUUUUGGGAUGCUAAAGGACGGUGCGCAAUCCUAGAGUGGCUUCAACGCCGUUUGGCUGCAGCGAAUGAGCCCGACCCUUACCUCGCAAAUGGAGCCCACGAAGAUCCAGUCUUGGUCUCGAUCGACUUCGAGAGUACUACUUGGUACGAAUGCGGUAUCAAGGAGUUCGGCGUCAUCACGUUGGACACACGAGAUCUGUUCCAAGCAGGAGAUCACCUGCCCACGCUCCACAGCUUGAAUUAUAUCUUCAGCAAACAUUGUAGCCGAAGGAAGUUCCUUUUCGGCGACUCGCAACGCUUGGGAAAGGAGUGUAUACGUGAUCUUAUCGUGGACAGCCUUACUAUCCCGGAGACGCUGCCGGGCAUGUCUGGAGUCCGUCGCGUCAUACUCGUCGGUCAUGGGAUCGGCAACGAGCUACGAUGUAUGCAAGACCUGGGACUUCCGCUCCACUCUCAGCCCAUGGUUGUCGGCGCGAUCGACACGCUUAAGCUGGCUGCGGACGUCUUGGGUCGAUCAUUCUCGCUUGAACGGCUCGUCAUGCGCCUAGGCAUCUCCUUAAACCGCAAUCUCGCAGGAGCGGCAGAUCAACUGCAUUGCGCCGGAAAUGAUGCGAACUACACGUUGAGGGUGUUGCUUGCUUUGCUAGAGAUCCAGCUGCAGAAAAUGUUCGAGCCAAAGAGCCCACCAGCUGUUGCGGCUUGCGUGACUCUCGGUGCCAUAGCCCGGGCUGGUAUACCGACCAUGCCGUCCUAUUUAGCCAGGGAGGAUGAGGAUGAGAGCGAUUUUGAAUUGGGCGAGACGUUCAUGGAGCAUGACUGA